GUGACACAAUUGAGCAAGAAAGAAGAUAGACAGGGGAUCAAUGGCUUACUUAACCUUAAAAGCUACGGCCUAUUUCAGCUCUUCAAUCAACUCUUCAAGUGAGACUUACCUCCCUUUUUCACCCUCCAAGCUCCUCAAGCUCCCUCCCUUCUGGCCAUGGGAAAAGGUGAAGGUGGGUCCGCUGAGUGUGUCUCCAAUGGGGUUUGGCACUUGGGCAUGGGGCAACCAACUUCUCUGGGGGUACCAGGAAUCAAUGGACAAUGAGCUUCAACAGACUUUCAAUCUGGCUGUGGACAAUGGCAUCAACCUUUUUGACACUGCGGACUCCUAUGGCACCGGCAGGUUGUUAUUUUUCUCGUAUAACCCAUAUGUGGAUAGAUGGUGAAUGAUAAAAUCUGUUAAAUAACUCUCUAUUUCAGGGCAAAAGAGGCUGCAGAAGGACAUUGUAAUUGCUACCAAGUUUGCAGCCUAUCCUUGGCGCCUAACACCGGGGCAGUUUUUGAAUGCUUGCAAUGCCUCGAUAGAUCGUAUGCAGAUUGAACAAAUUGGAAUAGGACAAUUGCAUUGGUCAACUGCAAAUUAUGCUCCUUUGCAAGAAAAAGCUCUUUGGGAUGGGUUGGUUGCAAUGCACGACAAGGGUUUAGUUCGAGCUGUUGGGGUCAGCAACUAUGGACCGAAGCAGCUUGUAAAGAUCUACGAUUACCUCAAAACCCGGGGAGUCCCCUUAUGUACAGCUCAGGUGCAAUUUUCUUUGUUAAGCGUGGGAGAAGAUCAGCUGGAGAUCAAGAAUAUAUGUGAUUCUCUUGGUAUCCGGCUGAUUGCUUAUAGUCCUUUAGGACUUGGAAUGCUUACUGGGAAAUAUACACCCUCUAAUCUUCCGCGUGGCCCUCGGGCCUUCCUAUUCAGGCAAAUUCUUCCAGGACUGGACCCUUUAUUGAGCUCACUAGAAGAAAUUGCACAAAAAAGGAGCAAAACCAUACCACAAGUUGCUAUAAAUUGGUGCAUUUGCAAAGGGACCAUUCCCAUACCUGGAGUGAAGACAGUGAAACAAGCAGAAGAAAAUUUGGGCGCUUUGGGUUGGCGCCUGAGUUCCCAAGAGUUGCUCCAGUUAGAAUAUGCGGCACGGGAGUCACCUCAAAAGAUGAUCCAAAACAUUUUCCAAACAAGGUGA